UUGAGAUUGACAAGAAAUGACUCACAGAAGACUGUAUUUCAAUGAAAGUGAUUCAACAAAACGAUGUUCUACCGAAGGAAAUUCUGCUAGAGAUCAUCCACCGUUGAAGACAGACUCAUCUGCUAACAGUAGCGCAAACUGCCACGGACACGACAAGAGAUGGAUCAAUGAGGACCGUCACACCAUGCUACGACAGACCCUGGCCAAGACACGGCGACUGGGCAUGCGGGGGCCGGCCUACAUGUUCAGCGCCCGCUCAGCCAGCCUAUCCCUGACCGAGGAGCGCUUCCUGGACGCGGCGGAGUACGGCAACAUCCCCGGGGUCCGCAAGAUGCUGGAGGAACUUCCUGAACUCAACGUCAACUGUGUGGACUACAUGGGCCAGAAUGCAUUGCAGCUGGCGGUGGCCAACGAGCAUCUAGAGGUUACGGAGCUGUUACUGAAGAAGGAUAAUCUGGCCAGGAUAGGGGAUGCUCUACUGUUGGCAAUCAGUAAAGGAUACAUUAGGAUAGUGGAGGCCAUAUUGAGACACAGGGCCUUCGCAGACACACGGAGGCUCGUCGACAGUCCUGGCCGAGCAGAGACACAAGACGACUUCUUCUCCUAUGACGAGGAUGGUACACGGUUUUCUCAUGACAUCACCCCCAUCAUCCUGGCCUCUCACUGCCAUGAGUACGAGGUAGUACACAUCCUCCUGAGGAAGGACGCCCGUAUCGAUCGACCACACGACUACCUCUGUAAGUGUGGCACCUGCAGCUCCCACCAGAAGCAUGACUCGUUCAGCCACUCUCGGUCCCGUAUCAACGCCUAUAAAGGGCUGGCCAGCCCGGCCUACAUGUCUCUCUCUAGCAAAGACCCUGUGAUGGCUGCCCUGGAGCUGAGCAACGAGCUGGCUGUCCUGGCUAACAUCGAGAAGGAGUUUAAGAAAGAUUACAAGGAACUGUCCGUGCAAUGUGAAGACUUUGUGGUCGGACUGCUGGACCUGUGCCGUAACACGGAGGAGGUGGAGGCCAUCUUGAAUGGGGACAUUGAUGCCAGUGAAAACAAUGAGCCACAUGAAAGACCUAGUUCUAUAAGACUAAAGCUCGCAAUAAAAUAUGAACUGAAGAAGUUCAUAGCCCAUCCAAACUGUCAGCAGCAGCUCAUGUCUAUCUGGUACGAGAACCUGUCUGGACUGAGACAGCAGACCAACGUUGUCAAGUUUCUGGUAGUUCUGGGUGUAGCUGUUGGACUGCCUGUCCUGGCUCUGCUCUACUGGGUGGCACCGACUUGCAAGCUGGGUAAGAUAAUGCGUGGUCCCUUCCUGAAGUUCGUGGCCCAUGCAGCUUCCUUCACCAUCUUCCUGGGCCUGCUGGUGAUGAAUGCAGCGGAUCGCUUCCAGGGUACCAAACUGCUCCCUAACAUGACAGUACAGGACCACCCCUCUCAGCUGUUCAGGAUGACGACCACCCCCUUCACCUGGAUGGAGAUACUCAUCAUAUCCUGGGUCAUAGGAAUGGUCUGGGCUGAGUGUAAGGAGAUUUGGUCCCAGGGAGCUCGGGAAUAUCUUUCGGAGACAUGGAAUCUUCUAGACUUUGGAAUGCUGAGCCUUUUCGUGACAUCCUUCAUCACUAGAUUUAUGGCGUUCUGGCAUGCGUAUUCAGCACAGAGCUACGUCAACAAGCACUAUACCGACCUGUCCAACAUUACCCUGGUCCCGGAGAUAGAGUACUACAGACUGGCCCGUAAUAACUGGGUUCCCUCGGACCCCCAGAUCAUCUCAGAGGGUCUGUAUUCCAUCGCUGUGGUACUGAGCUUCUCUCGCAUCGCCUACAUCCUCCCAGCCAAUGAGAGUUUCGGGCCCCUGCAGAUAUCUCUGGGACGCACGGUGAAAGAUAUCUUCAAGUUCAUGGUGAUCUUCAUCAUGGUUUUUGUGGCCUUCAUGUUUGGAAUGUUCAAUCUCUACUCGUACUACCUGGGAGCCAAGCAGAACGACGCCUUCACCACGAUUGAGGAAAGUUUCAAGACGUUAUUCUGGGCCAUAUUUGGCCUGUCCGAAGUCAAGUCAGUGAAGAUCAACAAUGGCCAUAAGUUUAUCGAGAAUAUCGGCUAUAUCCUUUAUGGGGUUUAUAACGUCACCAUGGUGAUCGUCCUGCUCAACAUGCUCAUUGCCAUGAUCAAUAACUCCUUCCAGGAAAUAGAGGAUGACGCUGAUGUAGAGUGGAAAUUUGCCCGGGCUAAGCUAUGGUUCUCCUACUUUGAGGAAGGUGGGACAUUACCUGUCCCCUUUAACCUGGUUCCUAGUCCCAAGUCAAUCAUCGCCCUGGUCCUGGAGCUAAGGGACCUCAUGCUGAAGGCCCUCAACAGACACAAGAGCUGUCACAAUGAGGAUACAGAGCUCAAUAAGUUGGAUCAUCAUAAGAAUUCAACUGUUGGAGGUCUGGCUUGUCCAGGUCGGCACCAGAAGAUCAUGAAACGCCUCAUCAAGAGAUAUGUGAUGAAAGCACAGAUCAAUAAAGACAGUGAGGAAGUGAAUGAAGGAGAGCUGAAGGAGAUUAAACAUGACAUCUCCAGUUUACGCUACGAACUCCUGGAGCAGAAGAACCACAAUACGGAGGAGUUAGCUGAGCUGAUCCGGAGACUGGGAGAGAAGAUACCUGCCGAGCAGCAGAGGCAUCAGGGUCAGAUAUAGAUAUAUGUAUCCUACAUCAUCUAGGAUCAAUGAUGAGUGAGCUGAUCAGGAGGAGACUGGGAGAGAGGACACCUGCCGAACACCAGCCACAUACGCUGAACAUAUAAAACAUCAAAGCUUUUUUCCAUGACUGAGUCCAGGUGAAAGUUAUCAUCCCUUAUUGAUGUCACUUGUUAAAUCCACUUCAAUCAGUGUAGAUGAAGGGGAGGAGACAUGUAGAUGAAGGGGAGGAGACAUGUAGAGGAAGGGGAGGAGACAUGUAGAUAAAGGGGAGGAGACAUGUAGAGGAAGGGGAGGAGACAUGUAGAUAAAGGGGAGGAGACAUGUAGAUGAAGGGGAGGAGACAUGUAGAUGAAAGGGAGGAGACAUGUAGAUGAAGGGGAGGAGACAUGUAGAUGAAGGGGGAGACAUGUAGAUGAAGGGGAGGAGACAUGUAGAUGAAGGGGAGGAGACAUGUAGAUGAAGGGGAGGAGACGGGUUAAAGAAGGAUUUUUAAGCCUUGAGACAAUUGAGACUUGGAUUGUGUAUUUGUGCUAUUCAGAGGGUGAACGGACAAGACAAAAUAUUUAAGUGCCUUUGAACGGGGUUUUGUAGUAGGUGCCAGGAACACCGGUUUGUGUCAAGAACUGCAACGCUGCUGGGUUUUUCACACUCAACAGUUUCCCUGUGUAUCUCGAACGGACAACCACCCAAAGGACAUCCAGCCAACUUGACACAACUGUGGGAAGUAUUGGAGUCAACACGGGCCAGCAUCCCUGUGGAACACUUUCCACACCUUGUAGAGUCCAUACCCUCACUAAUUGAGGGCAAAGAAGGGGUGGUUUCACCUCAAUAUUAGGAAGGUGUUCUUAAUGUUUGGUAUACUCAGUGUAUAAGAGGUAUACCCAACGUCCCUGUGGAACGCUUUCCACACCUUGUAGAGUCCAUACCCUCACUAAUUGAGGGCAAAGAAGGGGUGGUUUCACCUCAACAUUAGGAAGGUGUUCUUAAUAAUGUUUGGUAUACUCAGUGUAUAAGAGGUAUACCCAACGUCCCAGUAGACUCCAGAAACAAUAUUAUCCCCACUGUUUAUUCAAUGCAAUGGUCAAAUGAAUGAAUUAUUUUAGGUGAGUAACCCAGAAACUCAUAAUGGGAUUUUGCUGGAUUGUCUCUUGGUGACACGUCCUGACAGGACUCUAAAUGCAGGUGCUCUUCCUGUUUCAGUGAUCCAUCAUCUCCUGGGAUUGGAUAAUGAACAUACCUAAAGUACCACAUAGAUUCAUUUAAAACCAUGUACAAAUGUAUGUAUGUAUGUAUAUGUAUGUAUGUGUGUAUGUGUGUGUGUGUGUGUGUGUGUGUAUAUACUUUCAUCGAUGACUUGAUAUCCAGAAACUGGCAAAGAUUCUAACUAAAAUACAUGGGAUUACUUCCUCACUGAAUUCACAAUGGUAUGUAAUGAACACCGUGGAGUGAAAGUUAAAGGAGCUGCCUUAACACAUCUGUUCAGACAAAGGGAUAAAGCCUAUAGAACAUGAAGAAACACCAGUAAAAUCAGCUAUAAUGACCAUUAGGCUGGGGGGCGUCGGAGUGCAAACCUAGUACGUAAAGGGACCGGUGGACUCAGAGGUUAGAAAGGUGAUGAAGAUGAAGAAACACCAGUAAAAUCAGCUAUAA